AUGCCCCAAGCAAAGCAGGGCAUUGGACCAGGGAAUGGUCCACCCAAUCUAUGCCCCCUGAUGCUGAGUGUUGGUCCUAACACCUGCCAUACCACCCAGAACCCUACUGCUACUGAGGAUAUCAAAGCUAUGUUGAACUCAGUGAUGGAUGCGAUGAGCACAGAAGCAUUCCUUACCUCCAAGCUGCUCUGUCACAGAGACCAGUCCUUUACCCUGUCCCACCUCACAUCUAUCCUCUUUCACAUCACUCAGAUGUCCACAGGCACCCCACUCCCAGUCAUUAUAGUGAUCCAUGCAGUAGCCUUCAUCCUGAAAAAACACACAGUGUGUGAAAUAGUGAACACUGCUGCCAAACAACUUGUGACCACCAUAGUCCUGCAACUGACAGCUCAAUUGAAGGAAGCCCUCACACUGCAAGUCAUGGACAUGCAGGCCACCUCUGAACACCUCACCAACUCAAUCAAACAAAUUAGCGAGACCCUAACCCCCAUGAUAGAGAUGGCUGAGUGCAUGCACAGAAUGCUCAAGGCCAAGUGUGAAGAAUGGGAAGACAAUGCAAAAGUAGCAGCUGACAGAAUAGAAGAGGCAGUGAACGAGCUACAUUUAUCAGUAGAAGAGUAUCAGAAAUCCCUGAAGACACUGACCCCAUCCCUAGACUCCACUCAAGACUGCAUUAACCAGCUCUCAACUCAACUACUGACCACCCUGCAGCAAAUCACUCCCCAGACCUCCUCCCAACCUACAUACAGCUCAAUCAUCACCUCGCACCUCCCACCCUUGGCCAGCAACACACUAUUCCCACCAAAUACCCCCAACCCCAACAUUGCAAAGAAGCUGAAGGCAGCCCUCACUACCAUCCAUACCAAUGCCACACCUCCAGGAGACAUCAGAUCAGUGACCUCCCUCCAUAAUGGUGGAAUUGUUGUUGAAUUAGAGUUCAAAUGCCUAGCGUCCUGGUUAGGAAGCACUGCUGGAAAAACACUCCUGGAAGGGUAA